UUUUUUUCACUUCUCCAUGAAAUUUUCUCCUAAUUUAAAUCUGUGUACGUAGGCUUAACGCGUCUGGUGUUUCCUUGAAGUCGGGUUCACGUGAAACAGUUGUUAACAGACAAUUCUGACUAGUCCAUACCUCCACCCGAGUCGACCCCGCAGUGGUCGAGAUCCAACCUCUUGAGGUCGACUCACUCAAACUGAAAACGUCAAAUCGUCCAGUCCACGUUUGCUAGAUCCAUCCGUGAAUUCAAUUCGCAUACAUACAAAAAACUCUAGAGUGGGAAGGUCGACGGUGCCAGCCUGGAGGUGUAUACACAAGUUGGCGGUGCCAGUGCAAAGAUCGCAGGUAGGACUAACCUGAAGAGGGUUGUGUUAUUUCCCCUUGCUGUGAGCUCUUCGGUGCAAAGUCGCGAAAAUUUUGUUUACUCAGCUUGGAUAAACAGAGAAGAAAAUACAGUUGUCAGCAUCUUGUUGUUAUUAGAAUGUGUGAUCUAUUAAACGAGACAUCUGGAUAUUAUAAUGAGGAAAUAAAUUCAUGCAGAGAAUCAGAUUGCUGUUUCAGAGAUUUUCUUGCCACCAGUGUAUUACUAAUGUAAACAAAGAUGACGGAUUAGCUGGACCUCGGAAGUAAAACUCACACGUUCGGGUUUUUCACGUAUUUUUGGAAACAUGGCCAAAGUCCACUCUACGUCAGUAUAUGAUUUCUGACCAUGACGCAGCAGAGACAACAAAGUUCACCAUCACAUAUCAACCUUCUCAGUGAGCGAAGUCGCUUGGAAACAUUUCGCUACUGGCCAGUGACUGCCACACUGGAACCUGGAAGGCUUGCACAAGCAGGAUUCUUCUAUAUAGGACCACAGGAUCGGGUCCGCUGCAGAUUCUGUGGUGGUGUUCUCAAAAGCUGGCAACCUACUGAUGAUCCCUUUAUUGAACAUCAGCGAUAUUUUGCGCAGUGUCCAUUUAUUAAUGGGGAAGAUGUGGGAAAUAUUCCCAUUGAAGGUUCACAGACUUCAGUGGUGGCAAGUGAGCAGCUUCAUCCAAGAAUGUUUCAUCCAUGUAGUCCUCAUUAUAACACCAUAGCAAAGAGACUUGAAACAUUUCAUGAGUGGCCAAGCAGGACUACUCAGAAUCCAGAAGAACUUGCAGAAGCAGGAUUCUUUUACUGUGGUGUAGAUGAUGCUGUGCGAUGUUUUUUUUGUGAUGGGGGGCUUCGAAAUUGGACUCCUAGUGAUGAUCCUUGGGUGGAGCAUGCUCGGUGGUUUCCUCGUUGUCCAUAUCUUCAAGAAGAAAAGGGCUCAGAUUUUGUUGCUAGCAUUUUGCAGAGGUUUCCACAGACACAGCAUGAAAGAAGACAAGCAUACCAAUGGGCACCACAAACUCCUGCACAAGCUGUUCCAGCUCAUGAAAGGAGGGAGACAAAAGCUAUGGAAUCAGAAGUUGUCCAGGAAGUCUUGAAAAUGGGAUUUGAGCCAACCCGAGUGCUUGCAUCUGUACAACAGUUGAUGACCACUACAGGAGGGCAGCUCCCUUCUCUGGCUCAGCUUUUGGACAAACUGUUCCAGGAAGAUGAUGUCCAAUCUGUCCAGGGGCCACCAGAGCAACGAGAAGUUGAGCCAGUCUCGCAUUUUACAUCUGGCUCUGAAAGUAGAAUAUUACCUUCCUCUGAAGUCAACUUAGACCCUGCGAGUGACAGGAUACUUUGCAAAAUCUGCAUGGACAAUCAAGUAGAGAUGACCUUUCUGCCAUGUGGUCACUUAAUUUGUUGUGCUUUAUGUGCCCGCAAUGCCCAUACCUGCCCCAUGUGUCGCAGGCCUGUCAGAGCCAGUAUCCGCACAUACCUGUGUUGAUUUUAAUGCAGGUGCUGUUGCUGUGUUUUGUUGAGAUUUAAGAGCUUUGUGCUUUAUUCAUCUUUCAGAUUGGUGUCAGACAAAAACUGUUCUUGUAAACAUUGUUUAUAGUUUAUUGUGAUAUUAAGUGAGAAAUGGAAGUGUGUAGAUAAAAAUGCUGUUGAAACAAAUGAAGGAGAUAUGUAGGUGUGAAUGACAUUUGAUUUUUUUUCACUCCUCUUUAUUAUUUUGCACUCAUUUGUGCAAGCAUUCUUUACUAUUUUAUUUUAAAAACUUGGGGUUUUUUUUCCUUUUUUUCAGGAAUUCAAAAUUUUAGUAAACUGUUAGUGUCAAGAGUUAGUGCAGCAAUUUAAACUGCUGUAAAAAUGAAAAAUGGCCAUGGAAUAGUUUACAGAUUCACUUAUACAGAUUUACCUUUUAAAAAAAGAGUUGUGACUGAAGUAUUCAAGGUUAGUUCAUUGAUAGUAUCGGUUGGAUAUGCUGGCUCAGCAGAGCAUGUAACUGAACUGGUGGAAAAAUGGAAGAUAUAUGGAUAAUCCAAACAGAUGUGUGGAGGAUAGCAACUGCAGUAAAACAAAGUGAAUCGAAGUAUUGUCAUUACUGUAUAAUAUUAUAUGUUCACAAACGAGCAUGUACAUUUAUUUUUGAACAAUGUUUGGUCAGCUGCUGGCACUGACUAGAGUUCUCAAAAAUAAGUAAAUAGUUUUUAUUAAAAUCUAACCAUAUUUUUGUUGUGACCAUCAAAACAAAGUCACAAAAUUACAUGUAUCCUACUUCAAAAAAGAAUGUCAGUAAUGAUGCAUAAAAAAAUAGCGGGUAAUACAUUAUUUAUAACAGUCACCUUUUGGACUUAAUCUUCAGAUAUACAGUGAACAAUACAACUUCAUCAGUGCUUGUAUGAAAUCUGUAGGAAAGUUUUAAGAUGUUUACAUUGGUGAAAUGAGCUAUUUAGUUUAGGGUUCUUUUGUGCAUGAAGAUAUCUAAAUGCCAUUUUAAGUUUUCUUCUGUCUAGUAAGUAUAGUACUAUUCUUAACACCACUGUGACUAAUUUAUCACCUGUGUCAUAUGAUUAAAUUUAACUCUGUAAUGCAAAUGGAUUAUUAUGAAAGACAGCUGUGAUUUAUCUACAGUGGCAUGUGCUUGUGAAUUAUUUUAUAAAAAUUUAGCGCUCUGUUUCUGUAGUUAUGUAGCUGUAAUUUGUAUGAAAGAAAUGAAGGUUUAAUGUAUUUACUGUUAAUAUGUGACCUACUGUAGUUAUUUUUCUUGUUAAUUUAGAACAAUUUAUAAAAAAAUUAGUACCUUUAAUGUCACCUUUUUUUCAUACCAGUAACUUUUGUAUUGUAUUUUAUCUCUGAAAAGUUUUUCUUUUACUUGCCUUUUCAAAUGUUACAUACAAAGCUUAGAAUGGUGUCAAUUGGAAUGAAUCCCUUUGGAAAGUAAAUAUCAUUGCUUGGCUGGUACAUGCUGAUCUCCAGUUGGUACUAGUCAUCAGUGGGGGUGGGGCUGGCAAGGUUUUCCACCAUGCUGCAUACAAAAUUAACCCUUUAAUGUUGUGCGUUUUUCGAUUUGGAUAUGACUGUUGAAGAUCUAUUCAGCCAUGCUUCUGCUAACAGCUUCACGUCAGUGAUAAGAAAAUUUUGGAUUACUUUAAAGAUGACUUUGCUUGGGCAGCCAAUUAGGUUAUGAUUCUGUAGUUUUGACACUGUUUACUGUUUCCUUUCUUUGGAAUGUAUGACCAGUGACUGCAAUCAUUUGUUGGGCCACUCAUUUUCUUUCCAGAUUUUUUGACAAAGAAUGGGUUUACUCUUUCUUCCCAUGUUACUUGAACAGCUCAGCUAGGAUAUUGUGACUUCCCUUCCGUCAGACUGAGUACAGUUAUCAACUUGACCUCUUACCUUAGGGCUAAUAAGUCUGCAAGUUCACUGGUUGUAGUCUGGUUGCUUUAGAGGAUGCUGAAGUCCAUCUUAGGUAUCGGAAGUUAAAUAGGUCAUUGCAAUACUCAGCCCACUGGUUGCUUGUGGUUUAUGCGAGAAGGUGACCAUUGCUCUCUUUGAUAACUGAGCUCAUGUGCCGACUUUGCUGUGAGAUGGUCUUAGUUGCUGGCAUGGGGUAUAGCUCAAACAACCAUAGUGCUGACUUUCUUUUCAGCAGAAUGUGGAGUAGUGACUAUGGGCUAUGAUUUGAAAGCAAAUAACUCAUUCGCUAGUCACUAUGUAGGGAAAGCGGAGAGCUGAGCGAGUAGAGCACUGGCGUCUGCACCAAGACUGGUGUGGCGCAAGAACUUCCGUCAGUCGACCAACUGUUGAGGGAUGGGGAAGAGGGCAGCGAGGAAGAAAAGAUGGAAGCCACCCUCACAUAAAGUUAUUCUUAACAAAAGUGAGGUCUCGUAAAACCUCACUCCUCAUAUAAAGCUAACCCUAAGAAAACUUGAGUCUCACUGGGGAGUGAGGUGUUAAAAAAGGGUGGUCCGGUGGCGCAACGGCAAUACAGUGAGAGUUGACUGUCCUGGGUUCAGAUCUCGUCUCGAGCGCGUUGCUUUUUCUGCCUAUGGCUAGUGUUUACCAGCUGGCUGCCUUAAUGUGAUAUAGCUUUAGUUGCUGGCUCGACGUACAACAACAAUACCCCUUCUCCCUAACAGCUAAAAGAAAAGUUAGCUAAGGACAUUCUGUCAUAGUGUGCAGUCCAUAAAACACACCACUCUACGGUAAUUUGUCUUUUUGUGGGUUCUUUCGAAACUAGCGUGUAGGUUGUCUGUAAGUCGUUUGUAGAGCUUAAAAAAAGUAAUAGUGAGGCUGCGUGAAUCUUAAAGAACCUUUAAGUGUCAUGUGGUAAUGUUUACUGUUGUCAUUAAGGAUUAAUAUGUAAGGAGAUUUUGAAGCUUUGCUUUUGAACUUUCGUCCAUGGAAUCAUUUUACAGCCAAGGAAUGUGCUACAUAAUGUUGUUUUUUUUUUUUUUGGGGGGGGAGGGGUUUGGGUCAUUUAAACGAUAAAAAAGUUCAGUUACCUCAAAUAUUUAUGUGUUAGGGCAGAAAGAAUAUUGUUAAAAUGACUUUAUUUAAACUAAAUAAUUCAAACCUUUUUUUGAUGGAUCCUUAAUGCUUUAAAGUUAAGGUCAUUUCCGUACUCUGGUAUUUGCAUUUGAUAAAAGCUGCUUUUUUGCAUUUAUAAUUUGUCAGUUUUAUUAGGUCUGACAACAUAUUAAACUCAAAGAAAAUGUUACUGGUAA